AUGGCCGGAAUUCCACAAUCCAUCUUUCGCUGGGCCGUCCCCGGCGCCAUCGCCAUCAGCUUCGCGCAAGCCUCCAUUUACGAUGUUAAGGGCGGAACUCGCGCCGUCAUCUUCGACAGGUUAUCCGGUGUGAAGGAAACUGUGGUUAACGAGGGCACACAUUUCUUGGUUCCGUGGCUGCAGAGGGCGAUCGUCUACGAUGUGAGGACGCGACCGAGGAAUAUUUCGACGACAACGGGUAGCAAGGACUUGCAGAUGGUUACUCUCACUCUGAGGGUGCUGCACCGUCCGGAGGUCAAGAUGCUGCCAAAGAUCUACCAGAACCUCGGUCAAGACUACGACGAGCGUGUGCUCCCUUCCAUCGGAAACGAAGUCCUGAAAGCCAUUGUUGCUCAGUUCGAUGCCGCCGAGCUCAUCACCCAGCGAGAGGCCGUCUCGAACCGCAUCCGAAACGACCUCCUCAAGCGCGCUGGCGAAUUCAACAUCGCGCUCGAAGAUGUAUCCAUCACGCACAUGACCUUCGGAAAAGAGUUUACCAAGGCUGUUGAGGAGAAGCAGAUUGCGCAGCAAGAGGCGGAGCGUGCACGGUUCGUUGUUGAAAAGGCAGAGCAAGAAAGGCAAGCGAACGUCAUCCGCGCAGAGGGUGAAGCCGAGGCCGCCGACACCAUCAGCAAGGCUGUCGCGAAGAGCGGUGAUGGCUUAAUCAUGAUCCGAAGAAUCGAGACACAGAAGGACAUUGCACAGAUGCUGGCAAGAAACCCGAACAUUUCGUAUCUGCCAAAUGGCGGUGCAGGUGGGGAGGGCAAGUCGGGCGGGAGCUUCCUCUUGGGCUUGAGGGGUUAA